GAUCUCGUCUUCUCUCCUGUAGAGGCUUUCGUUGGUGGAGUUGGGGAGGAGAGUGCGAUGGGGUUUGUCUCGUUCGCCGGAAGGGUCCUCUUCGCCUCCGUGUUCCUUCUUUCCGCUUACCAGGAGAUUAUCGAAUUUGGAGUUGAUGGUGGGCCAGCAGCAAAAGUUGUUGCACCAAAAUAUGACACUUUUGUGAAUCAUGUUACCUUGCAUCUGGGGGUAAAAGUCCCUGAAGUUGAAAUGAAACAUGUGAUUGCAGCUACCAUAGUUCUUAAAGGGCUCGGAGGCCUUCUAUUUAUCUUCAGCAGUUCCUUUGGAGCAUAUCUUCUGCUUCUUCAUUUGGCAGUGGUGACACCCAUCGUGUUCGACUUCUACAACUACGAUAUCCAAAAGCCCGAAUUUGUGGAACUAUUUUUCAAGUUCACACAGAAUUUGGCUCUUUUCGGUGCACUGCUCUUCUUCCUAGGCAUGAAGAACUCAAUUCCAAAGAGGCAGUCCAAGAGGAAGGCGGCUCCCAAGACAAAGACAGUCUAGAUGAAGCUGGUUGCAGCCACAACAGCAGUGGGUCUUAUGAUGAAGAUCAUACGUCCUUGCAACAGAAUUACCUCAUUGAAGCUGCUGCAAGAACGUAAUUUUGUACCUUUAUAAUCAGAUUUUUCCCUGAAAUUUAGUUGUUAAACAUGUUAUUUUAGAUGAGAUUGGUAAUUUAAGCUCGUGUUAUUGGUUUAUGCACUUCCUGUUCGAUCACAAACAAUAUAUUGCGACUCAGUGCUUUUUGUCA